UCGGGAUCUCGAGCUUCGUCUCUUGGCUGCUUCGAGCCCGACUCGUGAAUGCGGUAUGUGCCUAGGCAGCACGUCAAAAGUAAGCCCACAUUCUACGCUCUCGAGGUUUCGGUAGUUGGUACCAAAACCAUGAAGCAACAACAAGAGUUAGCAUGGCUUUGGGCAGCACGGUUAGAGAGUGUGAAUGAAGGCUCUUCAUCUUCGGCCUUCGAUCUACAGACGGACGGACAACGCUUCUCCAUUUCGUUCUGGAGUCCAGCAGAUUUGAUUCCGGGGGCCGAAUUCCUCUAACUCAGACUUAGAUCGAAAGCGACGAGAGACAGAGAGACAGAGAUCGAGAGCAAAUUGAAAAUGCCCGACGAAAUACGGACCGCGGCCAUGGAGCCCAACACGAGUUCCAGAAGGGCACCAGAGAUAAUUGUUACGAACAAAGCGUUCCAAGUGGCACAAGCUUGGGUCAAGAAUAUGACGGGCGGCGCCGACUCCGACCCCGACGAAGACGACGAGUCCAAGUCCAUGGCGGCAGCAGCAGCGGACGCAGGCCCAAGACCAGCCAGAUUGGGUUUGGGGGCGAAAUACGUGCCCCACUCUGCGGCGGCAGCAUCGAUGUCCAUGUCUCCGGUCGAGAAGAAGCUUCGCGCCAAACUGAACGCCGCGAGGAUCGAUGCCUCUCAAUCUCAUGCUCCUGCACCCGUAUCCGCUUCGGUGUCCAAGAAUUUACCAUCUGAUCAUCAAGGCGACGAGGACGAGGACGAGGACGACUGCAUGCUGGCCAAAGACAGUAAAACAUCGGCAUUCGGACGCAAGCUUAGGAACACUUCCGCCAACCUGUUGCUACCUACCAGCAAAGCCGGCAAGCGGAAGCGUUUUGGCAAAUAAUUAUUCAUUACUUUGACUUUCGCAUAAUUGGCGAUAGGCAAAUUGGUUUGCGUUUCUCGCGAUCGGUAGUCACCAAUCCUCCAGCAUCCUCUUGAAUGCCAACUAGUGCAUGCAAUACCACAUCUGCCUCUGGGAUGGAUAUACAUACAGGAGGUCCAUAUCGAUGGAGAGU